AUGAUAUCGCACAAUGGACAAGGACUAGGGUUACCAUCGGAUACGCCACCCAAUGCCUCCGAAGCACAGUUUCAUGGAAUGGCAACAGGAACACAAGACAAACAGUAUCUUCCGUCGUUAUUGAAUUUUUUCGUCUAUAACACAAAAUUUGGAUCAAAAGAAGGUGAGGAAGAUCUGUUCAGUCUACUCAAAGUGGUGUUUACUUUUUACUUUCUUCCUAUGUAGAUUGCAAAGAGGGAAUACAGGUAGAAGGGAGCCCAUGAUCUCCUGAUUAAAUUAACAAUCUUUCUUCAUUUGAGAACCUUUUGUCCAACAAAGAUUGCCAAAUCUUUACAUACUCAGAAGAACAGACAGUUUUUCUGCGAACCAGAGGAGCGUUUUUGGAUGGUGAUGUUUGUACAGAAUCCCAUGAUAGAAAACAACACGGAUGGGAGACCUGUUGUGGAAUACCAAGAGGAAGAAAUACUGGAUCCCGUUUACAGCACAGUACUUCUGCAAUGCUACAACAUGUACAAGAUUUUUAACAGCACCUUUGCUAGGACUAUGGAGGCAGGAGGUGUGGACCUGCUCAAACAGAGACUUGAGAAGUUCUUCUACAGGUACCUGCAAACUCUACAUUUGCAGUCCUGUGAUCUGUUGGACAUUUUCAGUGGAAUCAGCAUCUUCCCUCUGGAUAAAUACUUGAAAAUCCUGUCCUUUGUGAACAGGAUGGAGGAGUUGAACCUGGUCAAAUACACAACAUUCCUCUAUAACGAUCAGCUAAUAUGGAGUGGUUUGGAACAAGAUGACAUGAGGAUCCUGUACAAAUAUCUGACAACAUCUCUGUUUCCACGCCAUUCAGAGCCUGAGUUGGCUGGAAGAGAUUCCCCACUGAGAAUGGAAAUGGCUGGAAAUCUUUUGCACUAUGGGAGGUUUCUUACAGGAUCCUCUAAUCUAAAGGAUCCCGAAGCAAAAUUUAUAUUCCCCAAAAUAUUUGUGAACACAGAAAACACUUAUGAAGAACUUAAUUUGAUUAUAUACAAGGCAAUGAGUGCGACAGUGUGUUUUAUGAUCAAUGCCUCUGUGGAGCUGACGAGAGAGUUCUGUGAGCAGCUCGACAGCCUGGUCGGACCUCAGCUCACUCUGCUAGCCUCAGACAUCUGUGAGCAGCACAGUAUCAACAGGAGGAUAUCGGGACCAGAAAAGGAGCCUCAAUUCAAGUUCAUCUACUUUAACCACACCAACCUGGCUGAGAAGAGUACCAUCCACAUGCGGAAAACAGCCAGUGUCUCCCUCACCUCCGUCCAUCCAGAACUUAUGAAGAUCCUAGGGGAUAUUAACAGCGAUUUUUCAAGGGUUGAUAAUGAUGAUGAAGAACUCAUAGUAAGGGCAAUGACUGAUUACUGGGUGGUUGGCAAGAAGUCAGACCAGAGGGAAUUGUACAUCAUUCUGAAUCAGAAAAAUACAAACCUAAUUGAAGUGAAUGAGGAAGUGAAGAAACUUUGUGCUACACAAUUCAAUAAUAUUUUCUUCUCGGACUAAAGAGCAGAAAUGUAUUGAUGAUUUAAAAGCAUUGUGGACUUAUUGUGGAUACAUUGU